AUGGCUCUUCACAAUCCCAACAACUGGCAUUGGGUGAAUAAGGACGUCAGACCGUGGACGCAAGACUGGUUGUCCAAAGAGCUUGUGGGGUUGAAGGCGUCACGAGACGAUGGCACGGAAGCAGAAGUGAGCAAGGUCAUGAGCAUGGACGGAGAUGUCGAUGUGUCGCAGCGGAAGGGCAAGGUGAUCACAAUCUUCGACGUCCGGUUACAGCUCGAAUACACCGGGAAGGUACCUGCCAAGGGAGAGAAGAGCGAAGACGAGGAGGCGAGUCAAGAAGGCGACACGAAAGACGUCAGCGGGACGAUCACGAUCCCUGAGGUCGCGCACGAUACGGAGGAAGACGAGUAUGUUUUUGAGGUAGACGUCUACUCUUCAGAUCUUUCAAAGGAGCCAGUCAAGGAGCUCGUGCGGAAAGAAAUCACGCCGCAGAUCCGGAAACGCCUGCAAAAGCUCGCCCGGACCCUUAUCACGGAGCAUGGGAAGGACAUCCAACAUGCGCCGGAUUCCAACCCACCUGGCUAUAGCACACCGAGAGUCCUGCAAAGCUCCUCGGUAGCGAAGCAAAAAGACGACCCAACAUCCAACUCCGCCACCGCAACAUCAAAAUCCAACAUCAACGUCACCACCCUCUCCGAUCUCCAAGAAUUCCGCACCACCGCCGAACAGCUCUUCGAGACCUUCACCGACCCGCAACGCAUCGCAGCCUUCACUCGCGCUCCUCCGAAAGUCUUCGAAGGCGCAAAGGAAGGUGGCAAGUUCGAGAUCUUUGGCGGGAAUGUAUCCGGCUCGUACGUGAAGCUCGACCGGCCGAAGUACAUUGAGCAGAAGUGGCGAUUAGCGCAGUGGUCGGCCGGGCACUUCUCGACGCUGAAGAUCAAGUUCGAUCAGAACGAUGUCGAUGCUGUGACGCUGAUGAAGGUGGAGUGGGAAGGGGUCCCGAUCGGUCAGGAGGAGCCGACGAAGAGGAAUUGGUCGGAGUACUAUGUGCGGUCGAUCAAGACGACGUUUGGGUUUGGCACGAUUCUAUGA